GCGGCGCUGGCUGGCUCCCUGGCUGCGGCUCCUCAGUCGGCGGCGGCUGCUGCUGCCUGUGGCCCGGGCGGCUGGGAGAAGCGGAGUGUUGGUGAGUGACGCGGCGGAGGUGUAGUUUGACGCGGUGUGUUACGUGGGGGAGAGAAUAAAACUCCAGCGAGAUCCGGGCCGCGAACGAAAGCAGUGACGGAGGAGCUUGUACCACCGGUAACUAAAUGACCAUGGAAUCUGGAGCAGAGAACCAGCAGAGUGGAGAUGCAGCUGUAACAGAAGCUGAAAAUCAACAAAUGACAGUUCAAGCCCAGCCACAGAUUGCCACAUUAGCCCAGGUUUCUAUGCCAGCAGCUCAUGCAACAUCAUCUGCUCCCACCGUAACUUUAGUACAGCUGCCCAAUGGGCAAACAGUUCAAGUACAUGGAGUUAUUCAGGCGGCCCAGCCAUCAGUUAUUCAGUCUCCACAAGUCCAGACAGUUCAGAUUUCAACUAUUGCAGAAAGCGAAGAUUCACAAGAGUCAGUGGAUAGUGUAACUGAUUCUCAAAAACGAAGGGAGAUUCUUUCAAGGAGACCUUCCUACAGGAAAAUUCUGAAUGAUUUAUCUUCUGAUGCACCAGGAGUGCCAAGGAUUGAAGAAGAGAAGUCUGAAGAGGAGACUUCAGCCCCUGCCAUCACCACUGUAACAGUGCCAACUCCGAUUUAUCAAACUAGCAGUGGACAGUAUAUUGCCAUUACCCAGGGAGGAGCAAUACAGCUGGCUAACAAUGGUACCGAUGGGGUACAGGGUCUGCAAACAUUAACCAUGACCAAUGCAGCUGCCACUCAGCCGGGUACUACCAUUCUACAGUAUGCACAGACCACUGAUGGACAACAGAUCUUAGUGCCCAGCAACCAAGUUGUUGUUCAAGCUGCCUCAGGAGAUGUACAAACAUAUCAGAUUCGCACAGCACCUACUAGCACCAUUGCCCCUGGAGUUGUUAUGGCAUCCUCCCCAGCACUUCCUACACAGCCUGCUGAAGAAGCAGCACGAAAGAGAGAGGUUCGUCUAAUGAAGAACAGGGAAGCAGCAAGAGAGUGUCGUAGAAAGAAGAAAGAAUAUGUGAAAUGUUUAGAAAACAGAGUGGCAGUGCUUGAAAACCAAAACAAGACACUAAUUGAGGAGCUAAAAGCACUUAAGGACCUUUACUGCCACAAAUCAGAUUAAUUUGGGAUUUAAAUUUUCACCUGUUAAGGUGGAAAAUGGACUGGAUUGGCCACAACCAGAAAGACAAAAAUAAACAUUUUAUUUUCUAAACAUUUCUUUUUUUCUAUGCGCAAAACUGCCUGAAAGCAACUACAGAAUUUCAUUCAUUUGUGCUUUUGCAUUAAACUGUGAAUGUUCCAACAUCUGCCUCCACUUCUCCCCUCAAGAAAUUUGCAGCGCCAGGAAUCAUGAAGAGACUUCUGCUUUUCAACUCCCACCCUCCUCAAGAAGUAAUAAUUUGUUUACUUGUAAAUUGAUGGGGGAAAUGAGGAAAAUGAAAUCUUUUUUUAAAUGAUUUCAAUUUUAAAUGAUUUCAAGGUUUGUGCUGAGCUCCUUGAUUGCCUUAGGGACAGAAUUUCCCCAGCCUCUUGAGCUGAAGUAAUGUGUGGGCCGCAUGCAUAAAGUAAGUAAGUUGCAAUGAGGAAGUGUUGAUUGCCAAAUUGACAUGUUUUCACAUUUUCAUUGUAAAUUAUGUAAAAUUGUUAAAAGACACACCCUCUAAAAAAGAAUUUUAGUAUGGUGUUGAAGAAAUUAGGAAUGAAUUCGGAGUACUUUCUCUGUAUGUUCUUUUCUUCAGUACUGAAAAGUUGUCCUUGGUUCUUAAAAAACAUUCUGUAUUUAACGACAGCUCUUUCCUAGGGCAGUUGUUGCUUCUUAAUCCAGUUCUCUGUGUGUUCAGCAUUUUUGAAUACAUUAAAAGAAGUAAGCAACUGAACGAAAAAGCAUGUCAUUUGAAUUUUAAAUUAAAUCAAAGUAAAUAAAAGUACAAAGCUUAUUUUAGUUAGUAUUAAAUCUUAGUAAAAAGAUGCUGGCUAGUAAACCAUUCCUUGAGUUAUAUAACAAGGUUUUUAAAUAAAAGUUUUUGUCCUCGCCUUCAAAAAUAUUUAUAUUGUCACUCAUUGACUUAAAAAGAUAUUUCUAAUUUGCUGCUGCCCCUUGCACUUACAUUGUACCACCAACAGAAAAGCCUUCAAGAUGUUAAAGAAAACAAAGUGAUGUAUGUUUAUGUGUUAUAGAAAAAUACUGAUUUUUAAAUCUUUUCCAGAUUCACAUACUUUUAUCAGAGAACCUCUAGUGAAUUUUUUUAAGUGAAGAAGUGAUAAGGAUAUGGUUCUAAGAAGUACAGUGUUAGAUGUGUACAAGGAAAGUAAUUUUCCUCAGAAUCUACAGUACUAUAAUAUUUGGACUAUCAUUCUUACAAAACAUUUGUUUUCUUCUUAAAAGGGUAGUUAUGUUUUAUGUUUCCAAUAUGCUGUAUAGCCUUUGUCAGUUAUAAAGGAGCUACCUAUUUUAAUUUCUGGCUAUAACAGUCUGUAUUUGUAUGUAUCAUACGUUGUUUCCAGUAAUAUUUUUAAUUACUUAUUCACUAAGCUUGAUAAAUUUAAAAGUUAC